AUGUGUUGUAAAUUGUGCAAUUCAAAACAUAAUACUUCGUUACACAUAGCAAGAGAAAAAUCUAACCAUACUCAGUUAAUCCAGUUGGUAAAUUCCGAACCGACCCCUUCUACUUCGGAAACCAAUUGCAAUUUCGCCACUGCGGAUAAUGCUAUUUUAUGCACAGCUAAUGUCGAAAUUAAAACAAAUUUAACUAUUUGCGGUAUUGGAGAAAAAAUUUCUAAUGCAAUUUAUAAGUGUACGUUGAAACUACGAUCAAUUUCAAGUAAUUACAGUUCAGACUUAAACGCCUUUGUGUUAGACAAUAUAACUAGCAAUUUACCUGUUAAGCCGAUUAAUCGUAAAAUGUUAAAAAUUCCUGCGGAUAUUCAAUUAGCGGAUCCAAAAUUUGAUCAAACUAGAGAAAUUGAUUUGUUAAUAGGAGCAGAUUUGUUUUGGGACAUUAUUAGCGAAGGCAAAAUUACCUUAGAGCCUAACGGUCCGAAUCUCCAGAAUACGCGAAUAGGGUGGAUCGUAGAGGGACCUUCCGCUGCCUACUAUUCGAACUCGUAUUCAUUGUGUAACCUGGAGGGUAGAUUCGUGGUGUCACUUCCACUUAAAGAUUCUCCUACCAAACUCAACAAUUCACGCAAAACAGCUAUCAAACGUGUCAUUAGUCUCGAACGCAAGUUAUAUUCAAACGAAACAUUGCGACAAUACGAAAAUCUGGGGCACAUGACCGAGAUAAAACAUAACGAUUCAUAUAUUCAAACCGAUUACUAUUUCCCACAUCACGGUGUUUUAAAGGAAUCGAGUUCAACCACCAAAUUACGUGUCGUGUUUGACGGAUCAUCCCCUUCAUCUACCGGAGUUUCAAUUAAUGAUUUACAAAAGACCGGUCCAAUAAUACAAUCCGAUUUAAUAUUGAUACUUUUGCGAUUUCGCAUAUGUCCUAUCGUCGUUUCAGGCGACAUUCGAAUGAUGUAUCGCCAGGUGUUAAUCGAUCCAGAGCAGUUACAACAGACUGUGUGGCAAUCAAAUCCCAACAAACCUAUUAAAACCUUUCAAUUAAACACAGUAACAUAUAACACAACGGCUUGA